AUGCCGGCGUUACUGGAAGACCCGACAUCUCCGACCAUUUAUAGAACUAGUGGCCCAGGUCCAUACCCGACGCCAGCCAACCCGCAAAUCCCAUCGUCGAUCUUCCCAAAGACUGUGACUUUGAGAGAUCGCGUGACAAUCGCGACACUCAUACCGUUCUUUUCUCCCGAUGCGGUGCCUCCUAGGCUGUUGGCAUAUCUGUCAGAAUGCUUCAACAAAGAAAUCGAGGAUGGCAAUACCUAUCCUAUGAUGAACUCGCUGCCACUGGAUGUGUUUGGCAAUUAUUGGUUCGGUAACUUUGGCGCCGUCAUGGUACUGGGGGAUAUAGGUGGUGUUGAAGCUGCCAGCGAGAUGGAACGGAAUGGUGCGGACUGGAACAAGCUAUGUUUAGGCAGCUUUUACAUCAAGCCUAACUAUCCUGGCAGAAGCAGCCAUGUCUGUAAUGGCGGCUUCUUGGUCACUCCUGCUGCACGCAACAAGGGUGUUGGUAAGUCCAUGGGCCAAUGUUAUCUCGACUGGGCUCCUCAACUGGGUUAUACUUACUCUGUCUUCAAUCUUGUAUACGAGACCAAUACCGCUUCAACCAAAAUAUGGGAUUCGUUAGGCUUCAAGCGGAUUGGAAGAGUGCCUGCUUGCGGCAAUCUCAAAUCAUUCCCCGAGCCUGUUGAUGCCAUUAUUUAUGGUCGAGAUCUCAAAGCGGAGGAGGGCAAUGUUGGAAACGAAGAACGCUUCGAUAAAAUACGGUACUAUCUUCGCCACUCGCUCUAUCCACAGGGUGCUGAUAGAUCUGAGAAGAGCCGAUUAAGAAGUGCCGCCACGCACUAUAAACUCAUCCCCGCCCACGACGGCGUGGCGGAAAAGUUGAUGCUGAAAGACAAAGAGGUCAUUUCCGACCCUCAAGCACAAUACGAUAUCGCGAAACAAGUCCAUCUCCAGGCUCAUGGUGGAAUCAACAAGACAACAGCAGUGAUAGCUACCAAGUAUCACUGGGUUCGAAUUAAGGAAACCGUCAGUCAUGUAAUCAAAAACUGUAUAGAGUGCAAAGAUACCAACAAACCACCACUCGCAGGCACGAGAUCUGCUAGGAGCAAAACACUGGAGGGUCAAGAAAGGCCAUCUGAAUUGCCGCCGUUACCUCCGACACCUGUUAAACAAGAGAAUGGUGAUUCCGACACGCAAUACGAUGAGACGGAUUCGCUGGCUACACCCACACCCGAUCGAAACAACCAGAAUGGACACGUUUUGCAGCAGGAGACCAGUAUGUCUGUCCAAGACCUUUCGGGCAUGACCCAAGGACUUCAAAACAACAUGCAAUCCAACCAGAUGACCCUCAGUAUUGACGAUCACGACUUACCCGAAGGUGAAUACAAAGGCGACGAUAUGGACAGCUUUUCAGAGCACAUCUCACCUGACGACUAUCGUGCUAUACAGCAGCAAAUAGGCAUGCACACCGACGGCGAUCUUGUGCACGGUAUACAGAGCGCCGACUCUGAGAUGAUGUACGAUGACAUGGCUAUCGAUCCUCAGAUUAUAGAGCAGAUACAGGCGCAAUUAGCGGGAGGGUUUGGGCAGCAAGACCAAGUCUUUCGAAUGCCACCAAUACCUCAUCCAGGCAUGCAGCACUUUGUGGAUACUCAACGCCCACCUUUGCAACAGCAUCCGGACAUCCACUCCGAUCCUGGCCCCCAUCCUCAGUUCGGCGAUCCAAACAAUAUGCCACAGAACAAUCAUGAUUCUCGACCAUUCUCGCAACACCACAGUCCAACUGAUUAUUCACAAUCGAUCUCACAGCCCAGCAGUCAAUACAUCUCGCCGAUACAACAGCCACAUAUGAUGCCAAACCCUGUGCCUGAUGAUCAUAUGAUGGAUGGACAACUCGACGACAACAGUGGUGGAGGCAUGGACAAUAUGCAGCAAAUCAGGCAUGUACUACCCAUGGAGUACAUGAAUGUCGUCGUGCCUGGACCUAACGAUCCGAGUCGUUUCCAGCAGCAAAGGCAGUAG